AUGGUCCAGCCCUCCCUCGGAGCCAUCAUCAGCUCCGUGCUGCUCGGAUCCAUCGGCGGCUUCGACUCCAGCCCAGCACCAGUGGCAAACCUGACGGGUAUCGGGCAGCAUCGCGGAACCCGCCUGUCCAAGAGCAUCAGCGGUUUCAACUUGGCAAAUCCCGUCGAUGCUUGGCUCGGCAUCGACUACGCUCUCCAGCCGGUCGGCGACCGUCGGUUCGCGCCCGUUGAGCAGCCGCCCGAGCGCUUCGACGGCGUCCGUGACGCGACGCGCUUCGGCCCCAUCUGCACGCAGGACAAGAGCUACGAGUACGCGGGCGAGCAGUCCGAGGCGUGCCUCAACUUUAACGUGUACCGCCCGGCCGGCGUGCCGCUGACCCAGAAGCUGCCGACGCUGGUCUGGAUCCACGGCGGUGCCUUCUCGCUGUACUCGGGCCGGACCAUGGACGGCGGCUCGUUCGUCGCAUCUUCAGAUCAACCUGUCAUGGUCGUCACUUUCAACUACCGCCUCAACUCGCUAGGGUUCCUCCCGAGCGGUCUGUUUGAGAGGCUCGGCCUGCUGAACCUCGGGCUGCGCGACCAGCACUUCUUCCUGCAGUUCCUACAAACUCACCUGCCCGCGUUCGGCGGCGACCCGGCACAGAUCACCCUUGGUGGGCUGUCCGCGGGCGCGCACUCGGCCGCCUUUCAGUACUUCCACAACUACGGCGCCGACGAGGGCGCGCCGCUGUUUGCGCGGGCGAUCCUGCAGUCCGGCGCCGUCACGGCGCGCGCGUUCCCGGACGUCAGCCAUCCGCGGUACGAGGCGGACUUCCGCACCCUAAUGCAGCACGUCAGCUGCGACGCCGACGCGGACGACGAGCAGCAGCUGGCCUGCCUGCGCGCCGCGCCCAUCGAGGAGAUUGAGCGCGUCAGCUCCCGGAUCUACGCCGAGGCGGAGAGCAGCCUGAGCUGGCCGUGGCAGCCCGUCCCCGGCGCCCCGCGCAUGGAGCGGCGCGGCUCGCGCGUCCUCCGCCAGCGCAGCUUCCACCGCCUCCCCCUCAUCACCACGCACACCACCGACGAGGGCAAGUACUACACGCCCGGCCACCUGCAGACCAACGACGAGUUUCUGCGGUUCUGGCAGGCCCUCAGCCCCGGGCUCAACGUGACGGACCUGGCGAUCCUCAACGAGCUGUACCCAGACCCGGCGGCGCACCCGGACUCGCGGUGGGCGCGGGGCUCGCCCAACGGCACGCAGUACGACCGGCUGUCGGCCGCGUGGUCCGACAUGGCCUACAUCUGUCCGAGCCGGGCCACCGCGGAGGCAACGGGGGGGGAGACGUGGCGGCUGCGGUUCGACACGCCCGGACACCCGCUGGAGGCGAGCGGGUGGCGCGGGGUGCCGCACGCGUCGGACGCGGCGUACCUGUGGAACGAGCCGGGGGUGCCGUUCCCGGAGGUGGCGAGGGAGUAUCACGCGUACAUGGCGAGCUUCGUGGCGGCGGGCGAGCCGAACAAGUUCCGAGGGGAGGGGGCGCCGGAAUGGCCGCGGUACGGGGGUUCCGAGGGCGCCCGAGGGGGUUGUGCGCAGCAGCUUGUGGUGAGUCCCGGAAGGACGGGGACGGAAUGCGAUGAUGUGAGGGUGAGGCACUGUGCGUUUUGGAAUGAUGAGGAGAGGGCGGGCAGGCUUCAGAAGUAG